UGCGGCGCUACCCGUGGCCGCUGGCGUCUGCUGCUGCUGCUGCUGCAGUGGUGCGGCGGAACCAGAAGAAGCAGCAGCUGCAGCAAGACUACAGAGUUUUGCGGCAGCAGUACCAGCAGCAAAUAGCAGAAAGCAAAAGCCUGGACGAGCUGCUGCACUGGCAGCUGCUGCUGCAGCAGCUGCCCAGAGACAGCAGCAGCAGCAGAUUCCGCCGCCGCUGCAGCAGCAGCGGCAGGGCCCGUGGGGUGUACAGACACUUCCAGCUGUCUAGACACCUCAUCAAAAAGCUCCUCGACAAUUUGCUGCUUCCCGGAUGGACCAAAGCGGAGUGGUAA